CUAGUUUGUGGGGCAUAGGGAACGCACCAUAUCCCAUCAUUUCUUCCAUCUCUACCACCUAUUUAAGGCCGAUGACCCUAGCUUGUUUGAGCUCAUACAUAUAGAUAUCAGGCCGGUCAGCUCCGAUCAUUUCAGUUCCCAAACAACAAAGGAAAAAAAAAAAAGAGAAAUGGGAUCAAGAAAUAAUGAGGAUGAUGUGGUGGUGGUGGGAGAGGGGUUGUCGGCGCUGGUGGUGGACGACGACCCGGUGGCUCAGAUGAUACACAAGGUGUUGCUGGACCGGUACGGCCUGCGGACGCAGGUGGCGAAGAACGGGGAGGAGGCCGUCGUGCUCUGCCGCUCCGGCGCCCGUUUCGAUUUGGUCCUCAUGGACAAGGAAAUGCCCGUCAUGGAUGGCGUUCUUGCUACUCGGGAGCUACGGGAGAUGGGUGUGAAGAGCACGAUAGUGGGCGUGACAUCUCAUGGGCCUGAAGCAGAUAUGGGUGCGUUUAUGGGGGCUGGUCUCAAUGAUUGUUUCGCUAAGCCCUUGACGCCUGAAAUUGUUUAUCGCAUUGUUAACUUGCUUGUCAUCUAAUUAAUAAAGGUUCUUGGUGGUGUUUCACGGGUUACCUAAGUUGGAGAAGUUGAUCUUAUUUUUUUGAGCUUGUUCCCCCAUUUAUCAUGGUGGCAACAAUAUAAUUUCAUAACAGUU